AUGUCAGAUCCAAACAUUCCAAAUAUAAUAGAUGGCUCACUAGGGCCAGAGAGCGCAAAUGGUACUCUUGUGAUUAUUGUUUGUCGUGCUAAGCACUUACCAAAUCGAAGAAAAUUAGAUAAACAGUCGCCAUAUGUGACGCUAAGAAUCGGUACUACAGCUAAGAAGACACCCUCACACUUCAGGGCUGGGCAAACUCCAGAAUGGACGCAUGAAAUUAGGUUUGAGUUGACGAGAGAUAGAAAACCAAUAAUGAAAUUAGAUGUAUUAGAUGAGACGAAAAAUGACCCGACGCCAAUUGGAACGGUUGAUAUAGACUGCUCGACGGUAUUUGCGAACCCAAAUAACGAGAAAGAUGGAAAAUAUAUUUUUGACAAAUGGCAUGAUUUAACAUUGAAUGGAAGACGGGCCGGAAUGAUAUAUUUAGAGAUGACUUUUUACCCUAGUGCUCCUAUAUUACCUCCCAAAUUCACAGACCCAUUGUACAAUGAGCAGGAGGUAGAUUCAUAUCACCACUCAUUAAGUACGAAGGAUUUACCGCCACCACCGCCCAGACAUCCAUCCCAGACACAUCCUCAUACCGUAGCGGAUGAUAUAUUUGUUACCUCGGAGUCUGAGAAAGGACUGAAAAGGUUGUCAUUUUUCAAGAAUUCAGAUGGUCUGUUGGGCGGCCGUUUUUCAGGUUCUAAUGGAUCUGGGAAUGAUGAUGUGUUUGAGUCGCCAAAAGAUUCAAAUAAUAGCCCACCUAAAAAGUACAAACUUAAGAUCAUGAACAAAUUCAAAAAACUUCAGAAUAAAGAACCUAUAACAAAUAUAUGGCAGAAGGGAAAUGGUCAAGGGAGCCCAGAAAGAGAAUUAUCUCCUGUUAGCGAUUAUGGUGUUGAUUUUAAUGAAAAUGCAAAUAAUACUAAAAAAAGCGAGUAUUAUACUUUACCGGAAAUGCCAGAUAAAUUCAAGGAAUCAGAUGAUGAAGAUUUUGAAUUAAGAGCUCCAAUACCGCCUCCUCAUUUAGUUAAUCAUCAGCAAAAUAAUUCUGAACGCCUACCGCCAACUCCACCAACUUCAAAAAAGCAACCGAGCAAAUCCCCAACUAGAAAACCUCCGCAAGACUUGACUGAACAAACUAACUUAAGGCCAGUUUCAAACACAUCUAUUCCAUUUUCUGCUGAUACGAUAGGUCUUGAUGAAGGGGAAGAAAAUAACCACGGAGCGUUGCCUACAAAAGUUUACUUUCUAGACCAACAGGUGAAAUCUUUGACUUUCACAGGAAGAGAUGAUGACUUGAAAGGCCAUCAAAUGAAUCCAGAUGAAAUUGACCCCAAAUAUUACGCUCCUACACCAAAUGAGCAUUUUGGGAAAACAGCUCAACCACGAUUUGCAACGAAUGAGCAAAAUGGUUAUUUAGGGGAUGGAAAAUGGAAUAGGGACCCCAAAUUUUCUCCAUCGGUAUUUGAUAGAAUGCCAAUGGUUGGCGAUGAAAAUUUUGGGUUCGAAAAUAAACCGCAUGUUCCACCUAAAAUACCACAAGGAUUAACUGAACAAGAGUACUAUGUUUUGGAAAAGGAAAAAUACCUCAAAGAUAUAAAUGGAAGAAGGUUAUAG